CACGAAUGUAAAAGAUCAGGGGACACGUUUACAAGUGCGCCUAGUUCGGCGCUUCCGGUUUACUGUUGGUUCUGUCAGACAAGUUUAGUUUAGUUGUUUGUUUGUUUUUCACCCCUUCUGCUGUCUUCGGAUAUGUCUCAUGCAUUGAGGACACUUGGCACUGGAGUGUUUAGCGUGCAGAGAUCUGUGAGCGUCGUGAAGAUCCGCAGCGCUGCAGUGAAGGACGGCCAGAGUCAGCCGUUUGAUGAGUCUCUGCUGGAGUUUCUUGUGUGUCCACUGUCCAAAAAAACCCUGAGGUACGACGAAAGUUACAACGAAUUAAUAAACGAAGAGCUUGGUAUCGCAUAUCCCAUCAUUGAUGGUAUUCCUAAGAUGAUCCCACAAGAUGCAAGAAUGAUCCAUAAGAGCGGAGCGACUGAAAAACCCACUCAAUCUUGA